GGUGUUUGAGACCAGUUAACGAUCGGUAUUUAAAGUGUUUACAACGUAGGCUCGGUAAACGUGUUUUAGAGUUUAAGCCGGGAUUUUUAUUUUGCAAAGGGUUUAGAGGCAUUAUAAUUAAGGAAUAAAUUAUUUAAAAAUUAAAGUUAAAAAAAAGAAAAUCGAAAUUUUUAAAAAGUAAUAAAAAAGUUUUAACGAAGAAUUAAAUUAAAGAAGAAAUUCUACGAAUAUUUUAAAUAUUUCAAAAAUAAAAAAAAUCUAUGAAAAAAAGUACUGUGAAAUAUUAAUCGAAUUAAACUUUUGUAAUAUACAUAUAUAAAAAAGUCAUUGUAUUGUGGAAAAAUAUUAUUUUUCAAAUAAAUCAAUAAAUAAUAAACAAAAUAAAAACGUCGUCAAACGAAUAGAAUAAUCGAAAAUAAAGUUAAUAAAUCAAGCAAUAUAAACAGCAAUAUAUUGAAAUAUUUCUUACCACACAUAUUACGAGGAAUAAGAAUAAAAAAUAAGAAAUUAUUGUGUAUUGACACCUCUUUGUGCUAAACGAAUUCUUUUAUGAAAGAGUCAUACAAAACAGAAAAAAAAGAAAAAAAAACAUCUCAAGUUUAAAAAUCUUGUGGUAAAAGAAAACAAAGAAAUAAAGAAAAUAUAUUUAAAAUUAAAUACGUUCAAAAAGGAAUACUUGUAUUUGCAGACAAACUUAAUUUCAACACCGCCAUCAAUUAAGGGUGUGACAUAGAAAAUUAUACACAAAAUACCAAACACCUUUUAUUAAUUGUUUGAAUUUUAUUUUAAUUUUGCAACUUGGGAAAUACAAGCAGCUUCAACAGAUUGGCUAAAAGGAUCCUGUGGCGCCGUAGAUCAUUUACCCACCAGUGACGUUUUGAGGAAAAGUAUACGACGUUCUUGGACCAUAUCCAAUCCCGAGGACGAUCCCAAUAAUCCAAACGCUCAAAAUCCUGUUGCCGACAAUCUUUAUCCGCAGCAGCAAAAUCUCAUUGAAGCUCAAUCAGCUGGUAGUUAUCCCUCUUUGGAUGUUCGCCAUCAUCCACAACAUAAUCUGCAUCAUCAGCCCUCGUUGCAUCGCAAUCAUCCCAUUAUUAACUAUAAUACGGGAAGUGCCAUAACAAUUAGUGCUAUAGGAGUUAAUUCGUCGGGUUCAUCGUCAGCCUAUCACGUGAAUCCUCAACGUCGUGUCUUACGUCAGUCUACUUUACCCACAUCUCUAGCAAAUAAUGAUCCCAAUCUCAGUGGUAGUGGUUCGAAUUUAGAAAAUUAUAAUAGUGUUAAUCUUACUGCCCCCACAUCUCCACAUCAAAUGCAAAAGGGCCCGUUAUAUCCAACGGCCUAUAAUAGUGAAGAUAUUAUUAAUAUUGAAACAAGUGAUUGUGAUAAUUACAUACAACAGCCGCAGAAGACACCAGCUCAAAUUACGCAACAGCAGACCCAACCACAGCAAACAGCAGGACAACCCACACCACCUACGCAUCAUCGUUUACAGGUGCGUCGACAAUCAACUUUACCGGCAAAUCCAUGCCAACCACCGAUGUAUUUGUCAACAUCGCCCAAUCGCGGUUACAGCCGCUCACCCGAACGUUCUCCAGGAGAACAACGCUAUCCACCAUUUAUACGACAAACUUCCUUUCCUUGUAAUCUUAUUGAGCCUGGUCAAAGCCAAGGGCAACAAAUGCAUUUAGGCAGUUCGCCACCUACCGCCUAUCCCUCACCCAUGCAUCGUGGAAAAAUGUUGCCACAAACCACAAAUUUCCAAACGCCUCCACAACAACAAUCAACACAGCCCUAUGAGCACCAGCCAUCACAAUCAUCCACCGAUGAAUUGGAGUAUGCUCCUACUAUACCUAAGGCCAGAAUGAUGCGCCAAGCUACACUACCAAAUCCCGAUCAACAUGUUAAACUUUUGCCCACAUCUCCACCCAAACGUCAGACAUCUCCACAGUUCCGACGUUCGCCCGAAUUCAUGCGCCAGCAAACAUUACCAAAUCCAGAGGCUUUCAAUAGCAACUCCUUGACAGUACAUGGGCCGAAUUCCGGGUCUCAAAAAUUCCUACCCAUCUCUCCGAGGCAAAAGCAAAACUUUCUCUUUCCCAAUGUACAAAAUCCUCGACCAUUUUUGUCGCAACAAAAUGUUCCAGCCGUUGGAGUAUCGGAUCCCACAGUGGUAGGUACGGCCGAACAUUAUUCCAGUAGUCAAAGUGUUAAUAUACAUCACAAUCGUGAUCAUUCCAAGAUGAUUAAGGUACGCAGUCACAGCAAUGAGGAAUAUUCCAUUACCAAGACCCAUCAUACAGAAUCUCGACGUCUAUUGCCAGAAAUACCAACAGCUGGUCGUUCCAUGAGUCGUUCGCCCAGCCGUCUGGUAAGACAAGAUUGUUUGAAGGAAAACUCUAUGAUAGGGCAUCCAACAGAUAGUCAUGUACGUACAUUCGGCGAGGCCAAGCAACAGUUUCACCAAUUUCAAAAUGUCACCGAAGAAGAAGACACACGCCCCGAGUAUGUGGACUAUUUUGGAGAUAGUACCAGUAGCUUUCUGGAAUCGGAUGAAGUACAAUAUGAGAAAACUUACAAUACUGGCUUUAGUAGUGAGCCGCGCAUUAUUUAUAACGAUGGUUCCGAUGAUGGCAGCUAUCAACCUUAUCAAAGACCCAUGGUGCAUAGUGCUGAAAAUAUGUUGACUCACGAUCAAAAUUAUGGUUAUUAUAAUACAGAUGCCAAUAGUUCAUUGGCACAACAUUCUUUGGGCCCAAGUUUAACAGCUGGCGGUGGUGCUUUGCCCCGUACACCCCUUAUGCACAAUCGCUUAAGACGUAGACAAUCUAGAGAUUUGCAGAUACCACAAGAAGAAUUUUCUCAACUGCAAGCAGCUGCAGGACAAAAUGUUGAAAAUGUAUCAACAUCUGGAGCAGGUGUGAUGACACAAAAUGAUAAUGCUACGGCGACCGUAGAAGAAAAAUCUCACGAUCGACCUAAGCCAGAACAAAUGCGCUCAAUAUCUGAGGAUUCGGGAGCUAAAUCAAAUGUACCCAAGCCUACGACCAGACGAUCCUUAUCUCAUCCCGAAAAGGAUACACAGGCUCCCAAGAAACAAGAACCCACUAAAAUACCCAGUCCUAAACCUUUGGCUGAUCUUUUUGAUAAAACACGACCCAACACUAAAAUACCAACGCCGAGACGACGUAAUAGCAAAGGUGCCGAAAAUGAAGAUGGUGCCAACUUAAAAUCUUAUCUAAACGAAAGAAGAAAUUCCGAUUUAAGCACGAAAACGAAUAAAAAACCAAACGAUGACAAACAACAACAACAGCAAAAUGAGUUUAAUUUAGAUACAAAAGAUAAAACAACAGCAAACCAACAAUAUACAACUACAGACAAAUAUCAACAAUCCAAUAGGAAAUCCCCCAGAGGAGACGAAAACAAAUCAAGCAAUGCUGCCUCAAAGGACCCAGAUGAUGACGAUGAUGAUGCUGCUGCUGACAAUGACAAUGAUGCCGCUAAUAAUAGAACAGAGACAAAUGCUCAAAUCUCAAAGCAACAUACCACAACUUUGGGAGAACAAGAAAUACAGAAUGCAGUCGAAGCAGCAGCCGUUAUAUUCAAAAAAGUCGUCUUACAAAGACGUCAAGAAAAGAAAGCCGCUGAAGAGGAUGCAUACGAUACCAUGGAAACCUCUUCGGAAUUGGAAUUCAAAUCGAUAACAAUCAAUCACGCUCAAUACAAUAUGGAAGCGGACGAAUUUAAAUUGGUUUUUAUUAAUUCCACCGAUUCCUCAUCGUGUCGUGAUGAGGAAGAGUUUGAAGACAGUAGUUCGACAACUUCCUCUUCCACACAUAAUUGCAGUAGUAUCGCCAUAGACGACUGCGAUUGGGACUACUUUGAACCGUCUAUGAUUAGUACCAGUAUUACCAAACAUGUGCUCUAUUCACCCUGUGGAUCUCCCUUAGUAGCUAGAAGACGUCAGUCUAGAGAGUUUAAGUCUAGCGAUAGCACAGCUUCACCCAUGGAUUCGCCCUUAAUGUAUCGUAAACAAUUGGUAACGUGUCCUCGUGUCAGAGAAAGCGAUACCGGCACCGAUGAGGAACUUUUAAUGCAGGGUGAAAGUUCUAGUUCGGAUGGUUAUUUGACAAGGUCUUCGACUACUUCACGCAGUCAACCACAAAUGACCAUGAAGACUAGAAUCAAGACUAGACUUUUGAGCAAGGAACAACAUCACCAUCAUCACCACUAUGCCAAACAUCGCCACAGUUCACCACGCAAUAGUCAUUUGACAGAAGCUUGUAGUUGUGGAGCUACGAAAUUAAAUCAAAAACAAGAGAAUAUUUUAGCUAGUCCAACUUUACAGCCUCAGUAUGUGCCCAUACCAGUACCGGUGCCUAUUCCUGUACCCAUGUCGGCCUAUCCCUAUUGGAAUGCCAAUGAUUUGUCACCACAGUUGCAGGCUUUGGGCCAUGAUAAUGAUGGGAACAAUUUAUGUGCUUCUUUGCAAAAACUUUGGUCUACGGCCCAGAGCAAUUUACCCAAUUCUUCAGCCAGCUCUUCCAAUCUUCAGGCUGCUGCUGCAGCAGCAGUUGCGGCCACAUAUCAAAAAUUGGCAGCACAUAAAUUGGAUACUAGUUUCAAGUCAUCGGCCCCCGAUCUAAGUUCAUCCACUUAUUCUCUAGUUGGCAUGACUCAGUCUCACUGUUCCACCUCUUCCGGUUAUGGUACGAACACCACUACCGGCGGUAGCUUGGAAACCUUAUUAAAUGUUGAAAAGCUUACGGCUGGUGUGAAUCAACUGGAACAUAACCACCACCAUCAACUACCGUUGAACAACCACCUCAACAAACAAUCAACUGAUAAAACAUAUGUUACCAAAAGACAUUCCCUGCACACUAUACCAGCGAUUGUAGAUGAAGACGACCAAAAACAAAACCACCACCACUUCUAUCAGCAGCACUCGAAGCAGCAGCAACAACAUAAGGCAUUAAAUGAAUACAAUGUUAUCGAUGACUGUGGUUUCAGCUGUAUUCCAGCUCACCAUACCUCAGCCAUGUUAGUUGAUACCAAACCUUCGUUGGGUUCAAGUCGUACUUCAAGUCAAACGGAUAUACGUGAGCACGACGUAAGACACGGGGACGUGGUACGGGAACGCGAACGGGACAGUGAAACAUUUGAAAAUGAAACACGCUCCAAUACGAAUAAAAAACAAAUUCAGUCAAUAAAUUCAAUUGAUAACAACAGUUCAUAUAGACAAACUGACAAUUUGUUCAUACCAGAAACAAACGACGAGAAUUUGGAUAAAAUUAUAAAAAUUAACAAAAAAUCUAUUGAAAAUAGUGAUUUAGAAGUAGAGAAUAAACAAGUUUUCAAUUUGACUAAAGCUAAUAGUUGUACGAAUAGCAACAAAAACAACACCAUCACAACCACGCACACUACCACAAAUUUAACAAAGUCCAACAAUACGGCCAAAACUAGAGAUAAACAAACAACUUUGGCUAAAAACACAGCAGACAAACGGCAACAACAGCUGCCAACUAAAUUAAUAAUUAAAGAACCAACAACUAAAACAAACGAAAUAACAAAGAGAACAACACCACCACUACCACUGCCACCAACAUCAUUAUCAUCAUCGUCAUCGUUAGUAUUACAAAAAGAGCAACAUACUACACAAACGUAUGGAGGAACAAAUAGCAAUGAAACCUCGCUCUCAGAUCAAUUGGGAAUAGAGAAACAAGGUGGGAAUGAAAAACAGUUAUUAUUAUUGUUAAAACAACAACACGAAGCCUAUAAUGAUAAUGUUAUCGUUAAUUAUGAUGUUAAACAUAAUGACGACGGCAACUACCACUACGAUAAUGAUGUCGAUGGUGAUGAUGAUGAAUGUAAUGAAAAAGCUGUAAAGCCGGUAAAAACUUGUUUGCCCAGCACUAAAACAAAAAAAUCUAUUUGCACAGAUGAUUAUGACGCUGGUGGCGACUACCAGUUGUUGUUAUUGGCUGAUGUAAAGAGGCAAACCAAGAAGAAGAAAAGUUGUAAAACCACUGCUGCCGUUGCAACUGCACAACAAGCUUUUGAAGAAAAUGUGAAAAACCAGACAAAAAAAACUACAUUAUUUACAACAUUAACAGCACCAGUACCAACACCAGCAACAACAACAACAACUACCACUACCCCAGCAAUUGUGUUAACAACAUUAAGUACACAAAAAUCUAUACAACCUGCAGUCGUUGGAAAAUCGCCAAACGCAACGGUGGUGCAAGCGGCGGCCGUAUCCACUAACUUUAGUAAACGUAGCAGCAGCACUAGCAAUAAUACAACACCAACUGCAACUGAAACAGAAGCGAUAAGAAAAUUAUCUAAAAAUAAAAUUAAAAACAUGAUAAAGAACCCAAAUCAAAUAAAGUCUGACGACGAAGAAGACAACAAUGAUGGUUACCUACAGAGUGAAAGAAAUUUCCUGUCAACCGAUUCAGAAUCGAAAUCGCACAGUGAGGAUGAUGACGCCACAUCAUCGGAAAAUUCUCAAACUGAGAACGAGCAAGAGGAGGCAGUAGAAGAGAGACAGACUAAGGAACGCAACAAAAAAGCUCUAAAGAAAAAACGAACUACAAAAAGCAUUAAUCGGUCCUAUAACAUUGUCAACGAUGAAAGCAAUGAAAAUUCCAACAAUUCUACCCCCAACAGCUCCUCUCAACACUCCUCCAAUGAGACAGAAGAACACAAAAGUGAUAGCGUUAGUGACAGUGAUAGUGAUAUGAGUGUGUCUAGUUCCGAGUCCGUAGAUACCGAUGAUACCGGUAAUGUAGCCGACAGAAGACCGCGUAAAAAACAUUUCGCCAAAGUCUUUGUAGUAAAUCGUAAAUCGCACAAACGUAAUGGUACGCCGGGCUAUACAAGUGAUUCGUGCACUCAAUCCUCGUCGGAGGCAAAUUUGGAUGACUCCUCCGACAAUGAUACCGAUACCGAAAGAACCCAUUGUGGUGUUGUAUUGCGUUGCAUUAAAUUACUCAACGAAGACAGUGACAACAACAUCGAAAUUAAAGAAAUACGCGAUUCGUUGCAUGAAAGUGACAGCUGCAGUGAUUCAAGUGCCCAUGAUUGCAAACGUGACGCUAAUUGUUCGCUAGACAACGAUCAAAAUGAUAAUCAUCGUACUGAUAAUGAAUCGCAUGAACAAGAGAACUUAGAAGAAGACGAUGAAGAUGAAAGUGAAUGUAGAUCAUUGUAUGUUUGCACCUCGCGCGAAGAAAUUGCCAAUUGUAUUUUUGUCGUUGGCGGUCAAACAGACGACGACAACAAUGGGGGUGUUGUUUUGCAAAAAAUUAGCCUGCUAAAUACAGAGGAAAAUUUAUACGAUUUAAAUGAUAAUGUUGAUAAUGAUCAUGGCAUAGUUAGCCAGAAAGUGGCAAGUGAAAAACAACAAAACGUAGUGGUGCCUUUGCAACCAUAUACGAAACAAAAUUUCUGUUUAUUAAAUGAACAGCACGAGCAAUUAGAGCAUUCGAAUGCAACGCGUGUUGCCAAACAUGCUUCACUGAUUACGGCCGUUGACUAUAAACAGCAGCAACAAACUGAUAAAAUGCAACAGCAACAACAAUCAACAUCAUCAUCGCCUUCUACGGACUUGGUGGUGGAUGAAGCUUGCGAGGAAUUGCAUAGCAUCUCCAAUGAUGUGAAUCGUUUGUUGGCUCUGACCAAACAAAAUUCCGAACUGGAAAUAAAAUUGCAAAAACUGAAACGUGGUGUGGCUGAAAUUAACCAGGACUAUUUAAAUGACUUGGGCGGCACAGACCAGACCUCAUGCCCAUUGACUGCAGAACAAGAGAAAUUACACAAAUCUACUAAACCUAAUGAAAGCAUUCCAAAGGUUUCCUUAACAUUACAAACGACUGCAGAUAGCGUUCCUAAGGUGAGAGAAGAGGAGGAGGAGGUAAAGGCUUUGGAAGAAAAAUUGCUUAAUAUAUGUUCUAUGAUAGAAACUAAAAAUAAACCUAAAACCGGUAAUGUAACACUUACAUCAACACAAACAAUAACAAAAGAAAAUAAAAACAAUAAUGAAAAUGUUCUAAACGACUGCUUAACGUCUUCUUCUUGUUCGUCAUCAACGUCUCCAGCAACAACAAAAAACGACUACAUGAAAUUGAAAUAUGAGCUAGAAAAAGUGGAAAUACCUGUCAUGAAGCCAACAGCAACAACAAAACACAACAAUAAAGAUAAAUUACUACCAGAAUCGACUACUUCUACAACUACUACAACUUCCAGCUUCAAACAUGACGUCUACGAUACCGACUUUAACAUGGUCUUUGCCACAGCACAUGAAAACCUUUCCUCGGUAAAACGUGACUCCAUAGAAGAUUUUAAAGUCAACCAUGUACGUUACGUGAAUGCUGAUGAUGGCGAUCGGUCAGAACAUGUUCUCUCCGAGGAGGAAGUUGAAGGGGUGGAUGAUGACGAUGAAUGUGCUAUUGUUUAUGAAAACAAAAGCCAACUUCAUAAUGAUGACGAAAGUAAAUGUGAAAUGAAGAAAAAUCAAAACAAACUAACAAAAACAUCAAACAUUCAUAACACUGACAACAACAGCAGCAGUAGUGGUGCUAAUGGUGGUAGUAAAUCUGACACGAGUAGUGGUAGAUAUACCUGUAAAACAUUUAACGAACAGGUAACUAAAACAUAUGACGAAGAGCGACAACAACAGCAACUAACCAAAGCAGCUGCUUCUAAACGAAGUUUAAGAGAAUUGAGCAAUAAACCAGAACAACAACAAAUCAACGAAGCGUGCAAAAUAAAUGAACUUAUACUUGACGGUUAUUCUUUUUCCACUACUUCUCCGGCCUCUCCCGUUUCUACAAAUUUCACAGAAUAUUUUAUGGACUCAUUAGAAACUACUGCUAAUCUUCCCUCUACAGGUAGAGAAGAAAUAGAAGAAACGCAAUCACAACAAAAAUCAAAAUACAACUAUGAACAACAGGUAGUUUCUGAUGUUAAAGAGAAGAGUAGCGAACCGUUGAUGUCGUUAACUUCACAGGUGAGCAAAGAGUUUUCGUGCUCAGAGAUCAAUAUGCCGUCGUAUAGUAAAGUUAUACGUGCAGAGUAUGCUUCGUUACAAGCAGUUGAAAAUGAAAUGUUAAACGAAACACACGGUAAACAACGGGGAGAUAGCGACCAUCGUUUAGUGCAAUCAUCAUACUAUGACGAUUUAAAAACGCCAAAUGAUUACGGUAACUUGGGUGCGAUACGUAAAUUGCAACAACAAAAACCACAACAUUUUAUACAAACAAUAACAGCAGCAACAACAAGUGAACCAUCUACGAUAAAAUACUUCAAUCAAAAUCAACACCAGCAAAAACAAUAUUUUAAUAUAAAUAACGAAAAUAAUAAUAAAGUGGAACACAAUAAAGAUAAAACAGAAUCGUACUACGACGAUUAUUAUCAAGACCUUAACGAAAACAACAGCGACGUGGACGCCGACGACGACGUUGUAGACGAAGUCGUCAACGUCUACCACAACGAAGACGACGACGACGUCUUUGGUUUUAAUCAUUCUGCAUCCAAAAAUAAUCUACAUAAUCGUUCUCAGCAAUUAUCAUCGAGUGCAACAAGUUCUACAAGUGACGAUCCUAAUGAGAUCUCGGAUAUAACAAAUGUAAAUAUUGUUAGUACGAAAUCAUCGAUUGUAACGCCAACAAAGUAUCGCAGUACACACGUAAAUAGUUCGCCAAAUACUUUAUCCGCCAAAUAUCGUAGUUUGAUAAUGAUUACAAAAGAUCAAGAACUCGCGCAACAACCGAAUGAAAGUGACGUUACGGCACGUGUAAAUAGUGAAAAUCAAAUAGAAAAAUCUCAUAAUAGUAAUAAUGAAAAUAGUAAUAAUAAUUAUGAUAACGAUAACGAUAAUGAUAAUGUCAAUGAAAAUGAUCAAAUGAAAAGUGUUAAUAGUGCAAAAACAAGUGAAAAUCUAAAACAAAUGUCUGAAAUAACAACAAACUCAAGUGUUUAUAACAAUAAGAACAACGAUGAAUCAUCGCCAGCCACUCAAUUAAAAAUAUCCUCUCACCACAAAGAUAAAAUAAGUGCAAACAACGAAAAGAUAGAACAAGCAAUCGCGAAUACGUCAUUACUUUCGGUAGAUCUACUAAGAGAUCAACGAAUAACAAGUAACGAUGAUAAUGAUUAUGAUAGUUAUGAGGAAUAUGUUGACGAUUCAAAUGUGACAAUUAAGAAAUGUACUAAAAUACCUCCGGUUAUAUUGGAAGAUGGGCUGGCCGAUGAUGAUUCCUGGGUGGAGGAACUCAGUGAACAUGGAGAUGGUGGCGAUGAGGGUCGUGCAGUUGACGAAGAUGGAGAAGAAGAUGAUACUACUCCUACUUGUACCGAUUCCGAAGAUGGCGAUGACCCUCACACCAUGGGCAUGUUUCAUGAUCGCGAAGAGGAAUUGAGAGGGUAUCAUCGCACUGCUAUUGACUUUACCCUACACACCAUAGUAGAGGAAAGUUGUGAAGAAAGUGAGGUGGCCUCGCUUAGAAGUCAAACAGAUGAAGAAGAAUUGGAUGAUUUGGAGAGAAGACGUCAGAGAACUUUGCAACAUCAUCAUCGACUCUCAGCUUCAGAACUAGAGAAGUAUUUCUUCUUUGGUCUUGGUGAUGGUAAAGUAAUGACUUCCAUCGAUACUCAUGAAGAUACUGCCUCGGAAGUGAGUAGUGUGUGUUCAGAAGGUUUGGAUUCUAUGAAUACACCAGAUGAACCCCUCAAUGAUGUGAACCAAGCAGCAGACUUGGCUUCUUCUCGUUUGGAGAAAUAUUUCAUUCUUAUGGGCUUCAAUUCCAAUGAGAAUAAUGAUUCCGAUGAAAGCGGCAGUGUGGGUAGUGAUAGUGAGGGACAUCCAAGUCCCAGUCAAAGAAGAAAACGUCUAGUGAGAGCCAGAACCACACCACGAUCUCAUAAUUCUUCUUUAGAUAAUCUACUCGUAGAUUCACAAAAUAAUGACAGCCUAGAUAAUACACUAAUGCCUGCCACCACACAAGAUAUUAUAGACUCCUCUGAAUCGGAAAAUUGUGAUGAAACUGUUAUCCACAACAGCAGUGCUAGUGAGAGAACUUCCGAUGGCACAGAUACCAUGAAACGUAAAAAGCAAUUGCGAAAACGUCAUGACUCUUUAGAUGAGAAAAAACUACACGAGACCUCACUAGAGGAGAGUAACAAGAAUAGUCUUGAAUGUCGCACGCCCACUCCUGGUUCCAUCAGCAGCUCCCAGGCUAAGAAACAACAACAUCAUAGCCGAGAUAGUGGAUUUGUGGGAAGUAAUGACGAUUUAUUAAAAUCCCCUGAAAGUGAAGGUGCCUCCACUUCUCAUCAUGCCCGCACUAAAUCUCCCACUAUUUUAGAACAAAUUAAAGAAGAUAAUGAAAAGAUACAAACACCCAUACCUGCCUUACGUUUAAGUACAAUAACAGACUCCCCCAAUUCCGCAUCAACCUCAGACAAUAGCAAACUAUUAACAAAUCCAACAACUAGUUCCAAUACGAACUUAGUACGAAAAGACAGUUUUAAUAACUGGAGUUCGGAUGAAGAAACCAAUUUAAUGAUGUGCAAAAUGCGUCAAUUCUUCAAGACUUUGGUGGUGGCUACAGCAAAUGCACAACAGGGUUCGGCCAGUAAUUCGAAAUCCACUACACCAAAUCAAACAACACCUAUAUCGGUACGUCGCAUGAAAUCGCGUCCGACCACAUUCGCAUAUUUCGAAAAUGAGUUAACGCGUCUUAUGAAAACGGUUCCGGGUAUAAACGAUGAACAAGUUCGUGAAAUUGUCGAGUACUUGAGUAGUGAAGAUACUUGGUCUGAUUCCUAUGAUUCGUCCGAUUACACCAGCUCUGAUUUAGAGGGCAGUAGCCAGAGACGCAAUGAACUUAAACAACAAAUAUCCGCUAGUUGUCAACAGAUUAUAAACAAGUUUGAGGUGGAUGAAGAGGGCGACCGUGGUGAUGGUGGUUUACUAGAUGAUCCACGAACAUCAAAUCCCGAUACAGCAUUAGUAUAUCAAAAACUGGUCGCUUCUUUCUCCAAAAUGGCAGUGGAUAGUGCCAAUCCCAAUUUAGAAUUGCCGACAGACAUAAUUGAAGCACAAGCAACAGAAAGUGUUAACGGUGGUGGUAGUCUGAAGAAUGCAGAUGCUAGUGCGGCCGUAGUUGAGGAAGAUCGUAUUUCCACAGGCAGCACACGAAGUGCUGAAAGAUCUCCCCAAUUAUUUGCUAGGGUAAUGCAACACAUUGGCACAAGAUUAGUAGCCCUAAUGCAUGAAGUUAGUAGUGGUAAUGAUACCCAUGGAACUAACUCCCCUAUGCCUGCACAGCGUAAUCAACACAAACGUUUGCAAGCUAAAAUAUCAGCUACCACCACCGAAGAUGAAGAGGAUACACCUACAGAAGAUAAAGCAUCAAAUUAUGCGAGAAGUUCACAGUAUUUACAUCCAUCACAUGCCCAGCACAUCUAUCAAGCAACACGUAAUUAUCCACAGGAUGAGGCCUACAAUUUGGCACGUAGUAAAUCACACGACCUUUUAUUAGACUCGACCACAUCUAUGACUGCUACGAGCAGCAACAGCACGGGCAGCGGCGGAAAUAACAUCCAUCAUGCAGCUGUCCACAAUCGACCACAUCACCAUCAGUCUAGCAGCGGUGUUAGCGAUACCGCCGGCGAAGAGUGUGGAGUGGCUAGCGAUUAUGAGCGCUUCUCAUGGCGCGGCAGUUUUGAAUCAGCAUUACUGGCUAAUGGUGACUCCAGAACUAAAUUAUCUCAACUCGACCGUGACAACUCAUCGUCUGCGUCCGCUUUGGCCGUUGCAAAGCGCCGUUCGGCAGGAGAUUUGUUGUUCAACCAUAAAAGUCUAAGUCGUGAACAACUGGAUCGUGUGCGUUCCUGUGGCAGCAUUGGUGGAGGUGAUGAACAUCAUCACGUUUUGGAAUCGUCGCCAGCAAAGCCUUGGCUAUCAUCCAAUGAUUCCAAGGACGCCAGACGUUCUAGCGUACCAGAUGCUAUUUAUGAAACCGAUACUUCAUCUUCCGAUGAUUGUGAGGCAUUUGUCGGCACACGUUCAACACUGCCACGCAGUCUAAUUGGUGUGGCCCAAAUGUCCACAACAAAUUCAUUGCCACGUCUACCCACCACCGCCAACCAAACAACAACAUCCUCAUCCACCUCUUUGGGCCUGGGUGCAGCCGCCACAGCAAGUUCAACGUCUGCUCUGGCCUCAGGUGUGUCAGCCACUUCGACGCCCAUUUCAUCGAAAUCACAAAACUCGUUGAAUUUCACACCAACAAACAGUGCCAAGAGUGCACGUUAUCGACCGCCUGGCCUAAAAACCCAUCACAAUUUUGGCUCAAUUAAUGUCAAAAAGUGUGCCCAGUCCAAUGCCCAGGCAUUGCAACAAUUUUUGUAUCCUAAGCGUGAUGCACGGAAACGUUUAAAUUUAUCCACGGAAGAGGCAAAGGCAGCCGCUGAAGAACUAAGCCGUUCACCCAUUAUGGGUCAACGUAAUAAUGAUCCCACCUCUAGUCCCAUACAGUCACGUGGUUCAGGCUCCAGUGAUAAUUGGCCCACACAAUCUGAUGAAGAUAUAGAUCGUUUGGUGGCAAUGCAUCAAAAUCGCAGCAGUUUAAGUUCAUUAGGUUUACGUUCCGAUUCAAUGGCUAGUGUUUAUUCUGGCGCUGGCGAGGGUCGUUAUGGUACAGUAGUGGUCAAGGGUCAAGUGGAAUUUGGUAUGCAGUACAAUUAUAAAUUGGGAGCAUUGGAAAUACAUGUUGUGAGAUGUAAAGAUUUGGCAGCUGUUGAUUCAAAACGCAAUCGUAGUGAUCCCUAUGUUAAAGUUUAUUUAUUACCCGAUAAAUCUAAGGCCGGCAAACGUAAAACAAAAGUUAAAAAACACACUCUCAAUCCCAUAUUCGAUGAGGUUUUACGUUUUCAUAUGCCCAUCUCCAGUUUAGAGUCUCGCACACUCUGGCUAACCGUAUGGCAUUCGGAUAUGUUUGGUCGCAAUGAUUUCUUAGGAGAAGUUAGUGUCAAUCUACAGGGUAGAGUAUUCGAUAAUCCACAAUCACAAUGGUAUUUAUUACAAGAAAGGAGUGAACCUUUCGAUGAAGUGGCCACUUAUAGAGGCGAUAUAGUGGUGGGCUUAAAAUAUGUUACACCCGAGGGUAGUAAAUCUAAAUUCAUGCGUGCCGCCUCUUUAGCUACAGGUGGUGGUUUGAGAAAGUUUGGCAGUAUUAAAUCGGUGGCUAGUUCAAAAACCGAUCGUUCCGCUAAAGGUGGUCAAUUGCAUGUCUUGGUUAAGGAGGCCAAACAUUUAACGCCCAUUAAGCCUAAUGGCUCAUGUGAUGCUUUUUGCAAGAGUUAUUUAUUACCCGAUCGUACACGCAGUUCAAAACAAAAGACACCCAUUGUUAAACGUUCUACAAAUCCCAGCUGGAAUUAUACUUUUAUUUAUGAAGAUGUCUCACUGGAAGAUUUAUCUGAACGUGCUUUAGAAUUAACGGUCUGGGAUCAUGAUCGUUUGGCUAGCAAUGAAUUUUUGGGUGGUGUUCGUUUUUCAUUGGGAACAUGUAAAAGUUACGGUCGUCAAGUUGAUUGGAUGGAUGCCUCCGGUAAGGAACUAUCGUUAUGGCAAAAUAUGCUCGAUCGUCCUAAUUUCUGGGUAGAGGGCAGUGUUGUUUUAAGAUCAACUUUGGAUGGCAUCAGAGCGAUACCAUAAAAUUGUAAUUAUUAAAUAAAUUAACUGUAGUUUAAGUUGUUUGUUUAAGUUUUUUUAUUAAUUCUUUAUUUUAAAUCUAUAAAUUACAUUAUUUAAACCCCCCAUAUAUUAUUUGAUGCUGUAAACAGCAUGUUUAUAAAACAAUAUUUAUUCGUCUUAUUAAAUCAGUAGCAAAAACUGAACCCUUAAACGAAAACUCAUCAAAUUAUGAUUUUUAAAACAAAAAAGUAUUCAAUAUAUUCUUACAAAACGAAAAAAGUAUAAAACCAAAAUAUUUUUAUUUAAAAACAAAAUUACAUGACAAUUCUUUGAAAAGCAUUAUUAGCAUUAAACUUUAUGAAAUGGAAAAGAAGAGAAAAAAAUAAUAUUUCUAAAAACAAUACAAACUGAAAACAUGUUAAUUAUAAUAAAAUUAUAAUAAUUAAACAAAUAAUUAUAUAUAAAUAUAAAUUAAUAAUUAAAUAUAUAUAUAUAUUAUUCAACCUUGUAUGUAUAGCUAAAUAUAUUUAAAAGAAACACAUAUUUUAUAAGUUUAACCUUAAGACGAUCUAAAUGAAAAUAAUUUAUAAUAAAAAACUAAACUUUUUAUAUAUAAAAAACAAAAA